AUGGCUUUGUUUCCACCAGUGGAUUCAGUGGUGGCAGCUACUAAGCUUGUUCCCAGUUCCCAGCUGGAACACCAGAAGAACAACUAUCAGCAUGAACUCAUACCUGACAAAGAGGAAGGUUUAAAGGAUCUCUAUGCCCAAAAGAGCCGAAGCUAUUCAUAUUCUCUUUCUGCAGAAAGCAGUCAACACGGCUCCAGGCACAGAGACUUCUGUUCAGCUGGACUGCAGAGCAAGUAUCUCACCAGCCAGACCAAGACUCUGCCAGCUAAAUCAGUAGCUGUACAGAAAGAAGGAGUGGAUCGUGCCCAUCCCCUGAAACCAAUCCUUCACCACAAGGGUGUGAGUGUUCCAGUGGUCAACACAGCACAGCCGAGAAGUUCCCCAUACAUGGAGGAAGGUCCAAAUAGUAGGCCUAGCUCAAUGAGCAAAGGGAAGCCUCCAGCAGGGAGGUCUCAGCUGGUUGCAGUGCUCUCUCCUUGGACAGCAGAGCCUAAACAGUCAGCCUCCCAUCUAUACAGGAGAGAGCUGGCCUACAUCCUCAAGUUGGAGGCAGAUGGACGGAACCUGGAAGAGGAAAUUCAGAAGAAAGAGGCCCUCCUCAGAGAGAAGCUGAGGAGAACAAAGGAGGAGCUUCGCAGGAUUCAAAGAGAGAAGGAGCUUGUUGAGGCAGAGGAAAGAAGAGACAAAGUGGAGAAGACCCAUGAGGGAAAAGCUGCAAGGCACCCUGAAGAGAAAACAUUCAGAGUUGCAGUCAGGCCAGGUGAUGGGGUCUUUGGCAGGGUGCAGUCUGCAGAGGCCACUGUUCCCAAGCCUGGCACCACUCUCUACCCCCAAGAGCUGGCUAUGGGGAAACUCAAGAAGGAGCGGUUGGUGGCCAGCAACAGCAAAAUUCGAGACCACAAGCCCAUGGAGCAUUUAGCAUCUUGUUCAAAGCUGGGCCCAAAAUGCAGCCCUUCUCCCUCUGCCGUCUCAGACCGAGAGUAUGGUGACCACCCGUCUGCAGAGGUGCUGUACAUGCAGGCUGCCAGCGCUGUGGAGCAGGGGGGGCUCAGACAGUGCAGCUUCUGCGGACGUAAGUUUCUCAGCACCAGGCUUGAGAAGCACACAGGUAUCUGCAGCAAGAGCCAAGGCUCCAAGAGGAAAGCAUUUGACUCCAGCAAGGCCAGAGCUAGGGGCACAGAACUGGAAGAGUAUCAGCAGUGGAAGAGCUCAGAGAGGCCUCAGAAUACACCACCCAGAAGGAACAACUGGAGACAGAAGCAUGAGGUUUUCAUCCAGACCCUGCGCCAGGCCCGCCAGGUGCAGCAAGUCCUCUCCAAAGGAGGAAAGGUGUCAGACCUGCCCCCAUUGCCUCCCAUUGAAAACCCAGAGUACGUUGCCUGUCCCUACUGCAGGCGCCGAUUUGCUCCCCAAGCAGCUGAGAGACAUAUUCCCAAAUGCAAAACUAUCAAGAAUAGACCCCCACCCCCACCGCAGAGGAGGCGCUGCUGA